UCUAAAGCCUUCAUGAAAACCAGAGAUAUGAGCAGAGAAGUAGAGGGGCACAAUUCAGACCAAACAAACUGCAAAUGUAAAUCGCCCACUCUGUUGUCCUCAUACUGCAUUGAUAGUAUUCUAGGUAGGAAAAGUCCCUUCAAAGGAGAGCGCGUCUCGGCACCUGAGGCAUCUCCACACUGUUUGUGGCCCCUUCAAAUGCACCUGCCGCCCAAGCUCCGUCGCCCCUUCGCCCCGUUGGGCAGGAUGACUGAUUCCUCAAGAGAAAUUCACACAGACAACAGUGAGACAGCGGGAUCACGCCUGCUGCACAAAUCUUGUGAAAACUUAAAAAUCACAGAGGCCCCUCUUAUAAGCAGUCAUACUAGACCCUAUCAGGAAAAUACGUUUCAUAAGUCCUGCAAAAACACCUCGAGUCCCACUCAAAGACCGGAACAUCAAGAUACAGAUAACGAAAGUCUGUGUAGAGAGGCAAAAUGUUCUCCUGGGCUGCAGGACAGGGAAACAUACUUGAAGAACAGCGAGGAAACGACUUUAUCAGCGGGAAGUGACACCGAAGAUGGGAUGUUUAAACGAAAACAGAGGAGAUACAGGACCACAUUUAGCAGUUCCCAGCUUGAUGAGUUAGAAAGAGCUUUCCAAAAGACACACUACCCUGAUGUAUUCACAAGGGAGGAGUUAGCGAUGAGACUAGAUCUUACAGAAGCGCGAGUGCAAGUCUGGUUCCAGAACCGACGCGCAAAAUGGAGGAAAAGGGAAAAGUCAGGGGUCUCAUCACACUCUCUUAGCCUUCACUAUCCUGGAAACCCUCCUGCUGCACAGUCCUUGUGUCAUUACCUGGGUGGGAAUCAUUUUAUCCCCAACCCACAUCCAGCUAUUGAUUCUGCUUGGCCUGCCCCCCUACAAAGACUGGCUCAACCACCCCCAAGCUCAGCCUCCCCUCACAGCUUCAGUGCUCUUUUAGGGGCAGCCAUGUUUAGACAUCCCGCUUUCAUCAACCACACUUUUGGAAGACUGUUUACAAGCUUAGGUCCAAUGGCACUGCAAAGGAUACCCCUUCCUGCCAUCGAGGGUCCAAUUCAACCACGCUCCCACCUCAUCAAUAGCCUUCCCUCCUCUUCCUCACCCUCAUUACCUUCCAUCCCCACUGUUGACCUCCGUGCUUCCAGCAUAGCAGCACUGCGUCUCAAAGCAAAGGAGCAUUCUGCUCAGCUGACUCACAUCACAGCUGCUGGAAUGGCUGGAAAAGAUGAGUGCUAAGUCACACUCCUUAUCUCACUUGAGAGGAAGGCAAAAGACCAAAGUCCAGCAGAAGCACUGAUAUAAAGAGUUAUUAUUAAUAGAUGCAUUAAUAGACACAUGUAGACUUCAGCCUCUGAAAGUUUAACUGUAGCAUAAAAAUUAUUAUUAUUAUUCUAUUGUAUUUUUUUGUUAUCAUGUGCUGAAUGUGUUUUCCCAAUGGUUGUUGAAUGAUCCAUUUUGAUAUCUUCAUCCUUUGUUGUUGUAGUUGUCAUUAUUCUUAAUGCAAUGCACAUUGUAAUGUUGAUAUUCAUCUGUUGGUGAUUUGAGCAAAUAGACAUACAAUAUAGCUUUUUUUUUUUUUUUUUUUCAAGAUUUCUGUAUUGAGCAGUUAAAGGGUUGUAUACUUCCUCAUGAUACAUAUUAAGAUUUUUGGGGGAAAAAUUGUGAUAUCUUUGUCAUGCAUUUCAAUGAGCAUUAUUUAUGUUUUAUUAAACCUAUGAGCCAUCAUACUU